GCUGACGCCGCGCCACGUAAAGUAGCUCCGUUAAGGGGACUCCACUCACAAGCUGCUGGAACCGGAGCAGGUACACUCACUCCGUAGUGCAAUAAUGGCGGUCGAGUUAUCUACCUCGAUAAACAUCAAGGAGCCCCGAUGGGACCAGAGCACCUUCGAGGGCCGGGCCAAACACUUCUUCACCGUCACAGACCCCAGGAACAUCCUGCUGUCCAACGAGCAGCUGGAGAGUGCGCACAAAAUCAUCACCGACUACAGAAAAGGAGUGGUCUCCCCAGGCCUGAGCGAGGAUGAGCUAUGGCGCGCCAAAUACAUCUUCGACUCCGCCUUCCACCCCGACACCGGGGAAAAGAUGAUCCUGAUUGGCCGCAUGUCGGCCCAGGUCCCCAUGAACAUGACCAUCACUGGAUGCAUGAUGACCUUCUACAAGACAACCCCAGCAGUGGUGAUGUGGCAGUGGAUCAAUCAGUCCUUCAAUGCAAUCGUCAAUUACACCAACAGGAGUGGGGACGCACCCCUCACAGUCAGUCAGCUUGGCACGGCCUAUGUGUCUGCCACCACCGGGGCCGUAGCCACAGCUCUGGGACUAAAUGCACUAACAAAGCACGUCUCUCCCCUCUUCGGCCGGUUCGUACCGUUUGCUGCGGUCGCCGCCGCUAACUGCAUCAACAUCCCCCUAAUGAGACAAAGGGAACUGAAGCACGGCAUUCCCAUCACGGACGAGAACGACAACCGUCUGGGGGAGUCCACGCAGGCGGCGCAGCAGGCCAUCUCCCAGGUGGUGGUCUCCAGGAUCCUCAUGGCCUCUCCCGGGAUGGCUAUCCCCCCGUUCCUAAUGAAUCACUUGGAGAAGAAGGCCUUCUUGAGGAAGUUCCCAUGGAUGAGCGCACCCAUUCAAGUGGGGCUGGUUGGAUUCUGCCUGGUGUUCGCCACUCCACUCUGCUGUGCCCUCUUUCCACAAAAGAGCUCCAUGUCGGUGAGCCGGUUGGAGCCGGAGCUGCAGGAGAAGAUCCGCGCGAGUCACCCGGGGGUGGAGAGGGUGUUCUUCAACAAGGGGCUAUAGAGGAGCGCCCCCCCCCCCCACCAGCCACCCCCACCCCCCCAAAGAAGCACUGCCAUGCCGUCACAAGGCAGCAGUCCUCUGAGCACAGUCCUCAUCACCUGCUAGCUCAUCCCUUCAUCUCGUUCAGCGUGCCAAAGUUAUGUUUGCUACUCUUCAUCCUCACUCUCCAGAUCGACUCCUCCUCCUCCUCCUCCUCCUCCUCCUCCUCAUCACUCUCCCCCAGGAUUUGUCUACUCUAGUCAUUUUUAGGAGAUUCUUUUUUGUAGAUCCUGCUCUGUGGUUGGGUGAUUGUGUAAAAUUACAUUGGGGAACAUUUGCGUCAUGCCGGACCUCAUGAAAAUGAUGUUUUUCAUGGCGGUUGUAGUGGAAAGUGGUUAUCGUGGUGAUGAUUAUUAUUAUUUUUGUAUUCUUCACGGUACAGUUUCAGUCUGUGACUUGUUCAGGUGUCGGUGCCAAAUCAUUGUUUUACUUCUCUUAACAUAGUGCUACGUCGUUCAGCUGUUCCUGAGGGACUCAAACCUUCGUUGAGUUGAGAUCUUCUUCCCAUUCCAUGCAUCUGCCAAAACUCAACACUCCCGAUUUACCUCUCAACACACACAACCUCCUCAUGUCAGUGCCAUUUCAAAACCACAAUUAAGAGUAAAUCGCCAAAUGUGUGAUGCCACAAGUGUUGGGGCUUUCGGAUUACUGAGGAUAGAAUCUUAAAGAAGAAAAUAAAUCAAUAUUCUGGGAUUCUCCCUACACAAUGUGAUGCUAUGCUGGUAGUGACUUAGACCAACAGGGUGCUAUCUGACAUCUUGCUGUAAUUAAUGCCAAACAUGCAUGAUCAAACCCCAGCGGGCAUCAGUGCACCAUACCACACGCUUCUCUGAGUCCAUGCCAGUCUUAGGACAGUUAGCUACAUCAUUGCUCUAUUGACCUUGACCAUGUUUUCAUUUUCACACGUGAACUGUCGCAAUGCUCAUCCAUUUUUUUUUUUAUCUGUAUUUCUGUACGUUGACAAAGCAUUCGGUAACUUUUACCUCUCCCCUUUAAGCCCGCCGGUGUCAUGACCGUUGCCAUUGUACAGCUGUGUGACAUUUAAGAGGAUUUAUGAGGGAGGAUUUGAGAUUUCCCAGAGACAGGAGAACUCCUGUGCUUUUCUGCGCCACUGAAAAGCAUACGAUGAGCUCAUGGUUCAAUUAAAGCACAGGGGACAACACAAGGACCACAAAUACUGAACGAUGCAACAUAAUGGAAGUAUGUGGACCUUCUCUAUCUUGCAACAAAUAAUCUGAAGUCUCUAAGACAUGCAUGACGAGAUCGGGUCCUUUGUUUCCCAGAGUAAGACGGUGUAGCUCAGUUUGUGACGGUUUAGCUUCGUUUGGUGUAUGAAGGUGACCUUCGUGUUCUUUGUCCUCAUACUUGUGAAACACAAAACCAAGCCAAUAUAGUAUAUGAUAUCCAUUCUAAGGAAGCCAGGUGAAACCUUAUGAAAAACAGUAUUUUCAAUGAAUAGUAAUAACAGAUACACAGUAUUAAUGUGCAGGGAUACAAAUUAACUUGGCUGGGACAAUUGUGUUUUAAUGAUCUAAAAGUACUUAAUUUGCUUGCAACAUUCUGUGUAUUUGUGGUGUAUUAAUGUAUAAUUAAGAAUGAUCUAUUUGCAUAUGUCGGUGUAUUCGAUUAUUUCAAAUAAUCAUUUCAGAGAAUCGACUAAAUUGGGGUUUAUUCUCUAGAGUAUAUGGUAUAUAAAUGCUUGUUGUUCCAGUGUCUUUGUGGAUGAAUGUAGCAUUUUCAAAAUGUUGUUAAAAACGGCAGUGUUUCAUCUGAAUACCACGGCCUACUGGAUUGUACAUCGCUCAAAGCACAAUGUUGGAAGAGAUCUAAAAUGCUGUAAAUCUGAACUUCAUAAUAUAAAUCAAGAAUCUGAACACUCAUGGCUCUGACGUAGUAGGCCUGCCCUUAAUCAUUGAGCAAAUUGGAGCAGAUUAUCAGUGAUAAUAAGGCUAUGUUUUCUGUUUUUGAUAGCCAACCGUCUGGUAGGCUUUCUGAGUGCCCCCUAUACUCUCCCACAACCUUAUUUAACCCACUCAAUGAACAUCCCUUAACAAUGUAGCUACCUUGCAUCAACUGUCCCUUCAGCCAGAUUGAUAGUGAACAUGUUUUUAUUUUGUUUGAUGAGAUGGUGUGUUGGUAUUUGUCAUGCACUACAUCCAGAUGGUUUUAGAGUUAGGCUGAAUGGAUUCAAUAAAAGUGGUGAAACAUGAGUCUAUUAGCAGCAGUUACCAGUAGCCUACUGAAGGAGAUGCCAACUUCACAUUCUUGACUCUUCACAAUCUCACGCAAAUAACUCAUGGCAGAAUAAACCUUUAUUUGAAGACAUCAAAAUAUAAAUAUGGACAACAUGACUAACACGAGAAAACACUUCUAACACGGACAUAGCGCAUCAUUAGCGUGUUUCGGUACGGACCUACCGCUGACUCGGUUAGAGAAACAGAAUAUACGUCAUGAAGUAGGCACUCUCCAUACAGCAGUAUCACUCUAUAUUGCAGAUGAAAAGGAAUUUCAAACAACCGCCGGAGUAUCUUGUAGUGUUAAUAUGUGGACCAUGCCAUUCCUAAAUAGACCCCGUCAAACAAGUUUGAGACAAAUCACCUUAAGGCUGAAUAGUCUCGCGCUGACCUGGAAAUCUGUUCUGUCUUGCUACUGAGUUUUAACCCAUGAACCAAAACCUAUUUUCAAUUAUCAGCAGUAGGGGCAAAAUUACACGUUGAUAAUGAAAACUGUACACUAUUUUGAUUUGUUUGAAUCUUUAAGAUGAACACAAAUGCGUAUUUUCUUUCUUUCACACAUGGCACUGUUGGGUUUAGGGGACACUGACAAGAGAAAGUUUGAUAAACAAUAGAAAUAGAAAUGAUUUUAUGUACGUUACAAAAAACCAGUUGCAUACUUUGAUAAAAUGUUGAUGGAGCUUCAAUUUAUUCAAAGUGAAUGAUCACAUUCUUUGAAGGAAUACAGCAUUGAAAGCGGUCUAGGGGGGAAAAAAUGAAAUCCCAAGCCUCUAGUUCAAGGCUACGGUUUGAACGAUUGUCCUACGUUUUCUUCUACAAAGGCGUCUGCUUCAGGCUCAAGGCUCAAUGCUCACACGUGGCACUACGGAAUAACAUCCUGCUACUGGAAGGCCAAGUUACCGACAGAAAGGUUGAGUUUCUGCACAUUCAGUUCAAGGAACCUGGUUCCCACUGGUCGCCGUGGUGUAAUCUUUGGAAUGUGUUGAUAGCUGUGGCGGCUUAAAAAACUGGCACUUAGGAUAUAUGUAAAUCACACCUCAUUUUCAAAUCAAGAUUAAAAGAAGUCUAAAGCAAGUUCAUCACUUCUUAGACUUUUACAUGAUUCAUAGGUAGGUACUUCUUCCUUUUUUGGAACAUAGAAAUCGAGCAAAGGCAUCUGUACU